CAGAUACUGCUGCAUUUUCUUGAAAAUGAAAGUACUGCUCUGUUAAAAGUCCUUCCCUACUCUGCUCCACGGGACAUGAGGAAGUAGAUUACUUACCAGAAGCACAUACGAGCGGAAGAGUUUCUUUCGCAUCUCAACAACAUGCCUUUUUUAAAUGGAAAUCAAAACGGCAAUAAGGAAGAUGACUUUUCUGGAAAGAAACUCAAAGCACUUCCCACUGAGCUACUCCAGAGAGGUGGAAAUGCAGUCAAGGUAGAUCUACAGCGUAACAGACUCAAACAAAUCACUGGUAUCUCGCAACUGACAAACCUGAAAGAGCUCAACCUGAGCAGGAAUGAAAUCACUGAUUUCCCCCUGGAGAUUAGAGUGUUACACCAACUGGAGAAACUUUAUAUGAAUCAGAACAAUAUCAAAACCAUUCCAGAAAAUGUCUUUCCGUCCUUGGAGAAACUUCAGUUUUUAAAGUUGAGCACCAAUCGGCUUGAAAAGCUACCCGGGGAUGUGAACAGGUGCCAAGAUCUCACCUACCUGAACCUGUCCAACAACUGCCUGAAGAAUUUGGAUCCUAUUGUGAGUCUUUCACACCUUAAAGAACUUUAUGUUGAAAGAAACCAGUUGACUGAGCUACCAGACCAGCUCUUUCAAAACAGUAGUUUAACUCUGUUCAAAGCUAAUGGCAACCCUCUUAGAAAGCCCCCUGGGGAGGUCUGUGCUGGGGGAUUGAGAGAUAUCCAGAGUUACUUUUCAAUGCUUGAGGCAAACGCAAAAAAUUUCUGCACUGUGAAGACCAUGUUUCUGGGGACCUCCAUGGCAGGGAAAUCCACUCUGUGCCGCAGUCUGAAGCAGGGUUGCCCUGUACGAGUGGAAGAGGCAGAUCGUACUGUAGGGAUCGAUAUCAGUGAAGUUGAUUGGGAUGGCAUCCGUUUUUUCUUUUGGGACUUUGCUGGACAAGAGGAAUACUACAUCACCCAUCAUGUAUUUAUAACAGCUCAAGCUUUUGUCAUACUUGCCAUCAACCUUUCCAGAUUGUUUGUGCGACGGGCACAAAUGAUUGUGUGGCUUCAGGAGAGGCAAUCAGAUGUGUGAUCUCUGCAUUGUGUUUGUGACAAUAAAAUAGGCAAAACCAGAAUAUCCUAGACCUAGAGGAUACCUUCAGGCACCAUUAACAAUC